UCAAUAUUUUUAUCAAUUGAAGAUAAUAAAAGUGUGGCAAUUUAUUUGCCUCUGAAAGUCUUCAUUAAAAUACUUACUUGGUAUGGAGAAUAAAUUGAAGACAUAUCAAUCUUCAAAUUACAUUCAACAUCAGAAAAGUUUAUCCAGCAUCAUUGACCAAAAACCAUAAAAACGGACCCAACUUUCAACACGAAAAGUGAAGAUUUGGAUUCCAAGUCAGGAGCGGAUUCCUCGACGGAUUCUUCGGCACCAUGGAACACACGUUCCUUACCAACGGACAUUGCCUCCUGCCUCGUUUAUCUUUUUGUUUGGCGGCAUUAGGCAAAUUGACAACAGCUUAAAUCACUUUGAGGUGGCUUAAAGCCCCGACGUCAGCAAAGAGCACUCCUGUCAACCUCAAGGAUUCGCAGUGUUGCUGCCGUUGGCAGUUAAAACUCUCACUUGACGUGCACCAACGAGCUGCAAAAAAGGAGGAAGCCGAGGAACAGCUAUAGACAGAAUCAUCCAGCACGAUGGACGGGGAACUCGAGGAGGAGGAGGAGCGCAUUUGCCUCAGGACCGCGGAGGAGGAGCAGUUGGCCAACAUGGAUGACGACAAGCUGGUGUCGGAUGAGGUGCACAUGCGGCAGUUGAGUGCGACGCCCUCAUCGGCGUUUUCGUUGCAGCAGCGUCGGCAGAGCAACAGUGUGACCCACUCCGCGCCCCCGAACUCACGCAGCGCGGGGGAGGAGGCGCCUCGGGGGGAGGAGGCGGAUCCCGAUGAGAGGGUGGUCCUUCGGCGGGCGGUGGAAAAGGGCGCCAUCGCCUUGGCCCAAAUCGACGACCUAAAACUGGAGGGGGAUGAUGAUGAUGACGACGAUGGGGAGGAGGAUGUGGAUGAGGGUCUCGGUCUAAGUAAUCCCGCAGCGCAGACCACAGAUGAUGAACAGAUUACGGUCAAAGGAGCGGGAACAGGAGCAGCAGUGACCACCAUCACAUCCUCGGCAGCAACAGGAGACGCAUCCUGCGAGCAGGAUGCAGCCACCACCAAAGCCACAACGAUAGCCACUCCGGACAUGUCGAAAAUACCCCGACUUCCCGGCGACGGCGCCCAAAUGGAGGACACUGGCGACCUGCCGCCAUCGCUGCGUGCCUCCACCACAUCAAUUUUGUCCAAUUUGCGCAAGAAACAGCAGGGCGGCCCUCUGCGCGGGGGCGUGGCCAAGCAGACGCCCCUGCGGGUGCAGUCCGUCCGGAUUGUGGAGGCCAAGCGGGCCUACGGACCCAAGCGCCGCACGGAGAGCUGCAGCAUCUUUGGGAACAGCAAUUUCGAACAUGAUCUGGAAUCGGGAAACUCCCUAGCCAGCAUCGCUGGUCAGCCUCAGCGACCGUUAAACAACGAGAUGUAUUCCGCCUUCAAAAGUGGCAACGUGGUCAAAGGAAUCCUGUGUCCCUCGUUGACCAACUCCUUCAAACAGAGUUCCCUGGAGCGAUCCUACCUGACCUACACCCAUCGCCAGCGUCAGAAAUCGCUUAUCAUUGUGAACGUGGUAGAUCUCGUGCUGAAAGUUGUCUUAGCUUUCGUCUGGAUAAUGCGAAGGAGCGAACAGGGUCCUCUUGAUACCGAAGACGGAACGAACAUGGCGACUGCCAUCACUUGGUCUGUUUGCUGUGGGAUUGCGAACAUGGCCAUCUGCUUUUUGGGCUACUGGCGGUGUUUUGCCAACAACUAUUUGCACUGGGCCGCGGUCUGCACAUGGGUGCUCUUCAACAUCCAGGGAUUCGUUGGCCAGGGCGUGGGAUUCGCCGAUCGCGAGUACCUGGUGUGGUACAUCCUGUUCGUCAUCUUUGUGCCGUAUGCGAUGCUGCCCCUGCCCCUCAAAUGGUGCGUUGUGGGCGGAACCAUUACGGCCAGCUGUCACCUGGCCGUGAUUACCAUCAUCAAACUGCAGCACGGCGAGGCCACCAUCAAUGCCGAGUGCGUUCUGUUCCAGAUCUUUGCCAGCUUCAUUCUGUACACGGCCAUCAACGUGGCUGGUAUGUACACAAAGUAUCUCACGGAUCGUGGUCAACGGCUAGCAUUCAUCGAAACCCACAAGGCCAUGGAGCACAAGAAGGAGUCGGAGAAGGAGCUGCAACGCACCCAAAAGCUUUUGGAUUCAAUUCUGCCCAACAUCGUGAACAAUCAAAUUCGCAGCGAAAUGUACAAGGGCACGGAUCCCACGGUGGAGACGCAGUUCAACAAAUUGUACGUUUAUCCCAUGGACAAUGUGAGCAUUUUGUUCGCCGACAUUAAGGGAUUCACCGAAUUGGCCAGCAAAACUUCGGCCCAGCAGCUGGUGAAAAUCUUAAACGACCUGUUCGCUCGAUUCGAUCGCAUUGCAGAGGACAACCACUGUCUGCGCGUGAAACUGCUGGGCGAUUGUUACUACUGUGUGUCGCAGUUCGAGAGCGACAACUGGAAGACGCGACCGGAUCACGCGGUGUGCAGCGUGGAAACUGGCCUGCACAUGAUAAAGGCCAUUAAGGAUGUGCGCCUGCACACGCACGUGGACCUCAAUAUGCGCAUCGGCAUCCACAGCGGUUCGGUGAUGUGCGGCGUUCUGGGCAACAAGAAAUGGCAUUUCGACGUUUGGUCUAAUGAUGUUAUCAUUGCAAAUCACAUGGAAUCCGGCGGCAUUCCCGGAAGAGUCCACAUUUCGGAGGCGACGCUAAAGUGCCUGAACGAUGCCUACGAGGUGGAACCGGGAAAUGGCGGCAGUCGGGACAAUCACCUCAAAAUGCUGAACGUUAAGACCUUCCUCAUCAAGCGCACCGAGCCAUUGAGACCCAAACGUCGGUUUGGCACGCGCAGCAGCGCCCAUUUGGCGGGAAGUGUGGCCACCGCCCCCUCGGCCACACCCACCGCUCUGCCCAAAUCAAUCUCGGCCAGCGGCAGCGGAAGCAUUGGUGGGGUGACCACCACGGGCGGAGAUGGAGCUAGUAUCGAUGGACGGAGUCUGGAGUACGCGGCCACCAUCGCCGUGCCCGCCCAGCAACCAGCGCAACUUCUUCAGCAGCAGCAGAAGAAGAAUAUAUCCUUGAACUCCCUCCCCAAUGUCGUCGAGGGCGUGGCCAUGGACAGUCGCAGGAUGAGGAAUGGCUGCGGCGGAAUGGGUGGUGCAGGUGGUGCCUGUGGAGCCGGAACAGGCCCCUCUGGAAUGUCCACCGUGUCCUCGCCCACGGCCAUGAUGUCUGCACCGCUGGAGGUGCAACUGCGCCCCAGGAACGGAGCCACCAGCAUCCAAAAUCUGGCGGAGGCCAUCGACGGCAAGGGCUUGAUUAUAGAGGAUGAGUCAACCACCGACUGGAUACCAGAAAUUCCAUUCAAGAACCUUAACAGCCCUGAAGAAGGACUCAAUCGUGCGGAUUCCAUACUCGUAGAUACCAAAGAAGAUCACAGAGUGUCGGUGGCAGUUCUGGAUGAGGAGAUCGACGAAUUCAUCGAGCAGAAUAUCCAAAUCAAUUCGAAUAAGGAAAUCCGACGCGAGUACCUAAAUCCCUGGACCCUGAAGUUCAAAGACAAGAGUCAGGAGCAAAAGUUCUGCCAAUUGCGAGAGGAUAUGUUCCGAUCCAAUAUGCUGUGUGUGUUUGUCAUCUGGUUAUUUAUGGUGCUGUGCCAGGUCAUCAUCAUUCCGCGAUGCACGCGUCUCAUUAUUUGCCUCUCGGUCGGCACCAUUGUCCUUACCUUCUGCUGCGUUUUGGUUAUGGCCGAGGAGUUCCCAGGUCUGCCGCGCUUCCUGAAGACGAACUCGGCCAAAUUGGUGCAUCAACGGCAGCGUCGCACUCUGUUCAUCUGCGGUGUCAUCGUGUCCAUGUGCAUGCUGAGUGCCAUCGGACUGGUCCUGUGCCCCUCAUCCACGUACAUUGGCACCGUUGACGAGCACACCCGUUUCCUGCGGAUGACUUCUCUGUAUAGCAACACCUCGUUGGAGAAGGAGAAGGAGUACAAGCUGAACGUGUAUCUGUCGGCCACCAUCCAUCAUAAUAUCACAAUUAGCACACCGACGAGUGGGGCAGCUGCCUCCCUGGUGGACAUUACAAGUGGGCCCUCCGAUGAGUUGGUCCGGAGCACUCUGGUCAAUGCGCUCAGUUUGAAUUUGACGCCGCCACUGGACCACUUUGAGCAAUCCCAUCGACCGUACACACUUACCACAAGUGGCCACAGUGUGUCCUUGGGCAACUUAAGCUAUGUCGAUCCCUCGGGAGUGCGAAGUACAGUGGAUCUGGAGGGGGAGUGCGCCCAUCCGGAGUACCUGGUGUUCACCUGGGUGCUCUGCCUCGUCUCCUUGGCCACUGCUCUAAAGCUGUAUUAUCUGGUCAAGGCCCUAAUGGCCCUGGGCAUGGUGGCCUUCUACACCACGCUGAUCAUGUUCAAGUUCAGCUCGGGCGACAGCUUCAGUUUGGGUGACCUCUCUCGACUGGGAAUGCCCCUUGGAGUCCAGAUGCUGAUACUGCUAAUCUCGUUCCUCGUGAUGGUCUGCUAUCAUGCACGGCUGGUGGAGGUAACCUCCCGUUUGGACUUCAUAUGGAAGGAACAAGCCGAGCGUGAAUUGACCAACAUGAAAUCCAAUCGAGCGCUUAAUGACACAUUAAUUAAGAACAUCCUGCCGGACCACGUGGCAACCUACUACCUUUCCGACGAGCACACGGACGAGCUCUACUCCAAGAUGCACAACCUGUGCGGCGUGAUGUUCGCCUCCAUUCCGAAUUUCCAGGACUUCUACUCCGAGGACAUCGACAAUGGCAAGGCCUGCAUUCGCAUCCUGAACGAGAUUAUCUGUGACUUUGAUGAAUUGCUGGAGGAGCCGCGUUUCGCAUCGGUGGAGAAAAUCAAAACCGUGGGUGCCACCUAUAUGGCAGCGGCGGGAUUGAAUCACGAGCAUCUGCGACUUCGCGGCGAAACAUCCGAGGACAGCGUGUGUGACCUGGUGGAGUUCGCCUUUGCCAUGAAGCAGAAGCUGGAGGAGAUCAAUGGGGAUGCCUUCAAUAACUUCCAGCUGCGCGUGGGCAUCUGCAGUGGUCCGUUGGUCAGUGGAGUGAUUGGAGCGAGGAAGCCCGUCUACGAUAUCUGGGGCAACACGGUGAAUGUGGCCUCGAGAAUGGAUUCCACGGGCGAGAACUGGCGCGUCCAGGUACCGGAGAAUACGGCGGAGUUGCUCUGUUCACGGGGAUACACUUGUGUGAAACGUGGUGAAAUCGCUGUGAAGGGCAAGGGCAUGAUGACCACCUUUUAUGUACAUCCCAAGGGCAUUACGGAGAGCCAGCUGAUCUCGCCCGUUCGCAUGCCAGCUGGGAUUCCACUGGCCCAAACUCCGAACCUCCAGCGACAGACCUCCCAUCAUGGAUCCUUCAGCGCCGUGGUUUUCGGAAUGCUGCAGGCAAGCAAACGCAGCACGGCCAUCGCAGGAACACCCACGGGCACUCCCUCGCCGCAAAUCCGUAGGGGGCAUCGGGGAAGCACCUUCAGCUCGGUGCGACUAUCACAGAAGUCCACCACCGUCAAUCCAGUGCGCCGAAAUACAACCCGUGUACGCGGACGUUCCUAUCGCCAGAAAGAGAGUUCCUCCAACAACUCGAUUGUCACCCAGGCCAGCUCCAGCUAUAUGCCAUCGUUUCGACGGAUCGAUCAGAUCGAGACGACCAUAUCGAAGAGCCACAACGACGCGUUAUAGCCGACUACACGCACUCACUGGGUGUAAGUCGAUCUCAAGCAAAUAAAUUGUCUGAUGAAUUUAUUUUUGGAACGAUUUUAUGCAGUACGAAAUGCUUAAGAAUGCUGGCUUUAACCUUAAGAUUAAAUAGUGGAGAUCGGCACUGAAGCUACUUAGUAGAAAUUUUAAAUCACAAUCCUUGAACUUGUAGAUCAAAUAAAUGUUAUUCUUGCAUUAUCUCAGCACAAUUCUAGUCGUUAAACUUAAGAGUUACCGUUUGUAUGUGCGUGUAUUGAAAUCUAUUUAGAUUAGGACAUUUUGAUCUUCCCACACACCCAACCGAACGAAAUGCCAAUGAACCUACUAACUUUGUUCAAUUCUACCAAAAUAUUUACCAAUCCUAGGGUAAAAUUUUAGUAAUAGUAGUCAAUUUAAAAAUCUAUUAAUGAAAUAGAAAAUCAAACAUUCGUUGUACAAAUCUGUUCUACUAAUAACAAAUAUCUUAUGUGUAAAUAGAUUAAGUGUAAAAUAUUUUACGAAUAUAUACGAGUAAAUGUAUAAAAACGGACGUGUGUUACUAAAAUGCGAAAAUAAAAGAUUUAAUAUUAUUAUAGCCAACAAAAAGUUUAAGCACAU